CCACAUCUAUGAAAGUGGGGAAAAGAGGCACCGUCGAACGACGCCACAGCAGAGUUGUGUUCUCACCUUUUCUUGAAGCAACGCGGCAGGGCCCCGUUACGCGCAGUGAUCCUCCUGCUCUCCAAACCAAGAAGAUGCCCCAAGCGUCACCGUGCGUCUUCCCGUGGUCCUCCCUCUGGCUGGCAUCUUUGGCUACUUUGGUAGUGCAGUCGGCGUUCUCUUCCUCCUACUCCCCCUCCUCCUCCUCCCCAUAUCAGAGACCUGUUGCCGGUGGGAAGCGACCGGGCUUCAUGGAGAGGACGCUGGUUCUCCUGGACGUCAACACCCGUAGUCCGAUUAAGGUCCUGAACGACAACUUCCUCUCCUUACAGCUGGACCCUGCGAUCAUCAAAGACGGCUGGCUGGACUUUCUGAGCUCGAAGCGGCUGGUGACCCUGGCCCGGGGCCUGUCACCCGCCUUUCUGCGCUUCGGAGGAAAGCGGACAGAUUUCCUGCAGUUCCACAACCUAAAGAACCUCGCCAAGUUCAGAGGACCUGGACCAGAUUACUAUCUGAAGAAUUAUGAAGACGACAUCGUGCGCAGCGACAUUGCGCUGGACAAGCAGAAGGGCUGCAAGCUGGCCAACCACCCCGACAUGAUGCUGGAGCUGCAGAGGGAGAAGGCUGCCACUAUGCAGCUGGUCCUGCUGAAAGAGCAACUCUCCAACAUCUACAGCAACAUUACAAUAACAGCCAGGUCUUUAGACAAACUGUACAACUUUGCCGAGUGUGCUGGUCUGCACCUGAUCCUGGGGCUCAACGCACUGCACAGGAACCCAGACAACUCCUGGAACUCCUCCUCCACUUUAAGCUUACUGAAGUACAGCGCCGGCAAGAAGUAUAACAUCUCAUGGGAGCUGGGCAACGAGCCUAACGCCUACCGCAGCAUGGUGGGCCGUGCGGUCAACAGCACCCAGUUGGCUCAGGAUUACACCAUGCUACGCACCCUGCUGCAGUCAGUGCGCUACUAUCACCGCGCCCACCUCUACGGCCCCAACACCGGACGCCCGCGGAAGAAUGCCAUCCUACAACUGGAUGGGUUCAUGACGAAUGCUGGCUCUGUUGUAGAUGCAGUUACGUGGCAACAUUAUUACAUGGAGGGCCGAGUGAACAGAGUGGAGGACUUCUUAAAAACUCGCCUGCUGGACACACUGACUGAGCAGAUCACAAAAGUCACCAAGGUAGUGAACACACACACUCCUGGCAAGAAGGUGUGGCUGGGUGGAUUUGGGCCGGCAUGGGCAGGAGGCACCAAUAAUUUGUCACACACAUACGCUGCUGGCUUUCUGUGGCUGAACACACUCGGUAUGGCUGCUGUGCAGGGGAUUGAUGUUGUCUUGCGUCAUUCAUUCUUUGACUAUGGCUAUACGCACCUUGUGGACCAGCACUUCAACCCUUUACCUGAUUACUGGUUCUCUCUGGUGUUCAAGCGCCUGGUUGGUCCAAGGGUUUUGGCGGUGCGGGUGGCUGGACUGCAGAGGAAGCCGCGACCAGGGCGGGUGAUACGAGACAAGCUACGCAUCUACGCCCACUGUACCAGCUUCUCAAAUCACAACUACGUGAGAGGGUCCAUAACAAUCUAUAUCAUCAAUCUGCAUCGGUCACGAAAGAAAAUCAAGCUGGCGGGAACUUUACGGAACAAGACUGUCCAUCAGUACCUGCUGCAGCCCUACGGCACUGACGGACUCCAGGCCAAACACAUCCAGCUGAAUGGGGAGAAGCUGCUCAUGGUUGACAAUGAGACAUUCCCAGAGCUGAAGCCUCGGACGCUGAGGGCUGGACGGACAAUAGCCAUGCCUCCAAUGACCAUAGGCUUCUAUGUCAUCAAAAACAUCAAUGCGUACGCCUGCCGAAGAUAAUAUUAUCCUUCAUCUGGGAAAUACUGAGGCUCAGAGCUCUACCACACAAACUAUUCAGCUGACUUCUCAAAUUCCAGCCUCACCCGCUGCCCAACCAGAGAAUCUACGCCUAAAUAGAAGAUAAUGCAAAACUUCUGACCCCUGAAAGGAAGUUGCUUUCAUUUGCAAUCAUCCGUGGAGGUCAGCCUGCAGGAUAAGCUACCCUGGAGCGGAUAGGGAUUCAGUAUCUUGCUCAAGGACUCUGUGGAUGGGGCAGAUGCUUGAACACAUACCUCUGGUAAAAAGGCGAUCGAGCUAUUCCUCCUUUAACCUUGAAACAUCAAUCCCAGUGUGUCUCCACACACUUCAAGCUCCCUUUCAGCACAUCUAAGCCAUUUUCACUAAAGUAGAGAUGAGCCCAGCUGCUCCCCACUUCCGUUCUCUCAGAAAGACUCGCCCUUCACAUGUAACAAGGGUUGCACUGAACACCUUUCAGUUCUUUUCCUCAUGUGCUAUAAGACUUGUGUGGACGGCAAUGGUUUUGUAUUGGUUUGUACCUUUGUAUGAAGUUUAUGUUUUAUCGUAACAGAAAUGCAACCUCACACAUGGCCUCAUCCUGUUAUUCAGUCAGGAUUUUUUUUUUUU